AUGGGAUUGGAUUUGAGUGAGGAAAUAAUUGAAAUGGUCAUGGUGGCCAUCGAAUAUGGCCCCAAAGGCAUCACAGCCACGGCCGCCAGCAUCGGUGCCGCUGGGAUUCCCCAAUCGGGCCUUGUCACCAUGGUCAUCGUGCUCACCUCCGUCGGCCUCCCCACCGAAGACAUCACACUGAUCAUCGCCAUUGACUGGGCCCUGGACCGGUUACGCACCAUGACCAACGUCCUGGGCGACGCAUUGGCCGCCGGGAUCAUAGCUCACAUCUUCCGGAAGGAUUUCGCUCCAAAGGAGCCCGUGAAUGAGCAGCUGGUCUGGGCAGAGGCCGCCUCCCCCCAUCCUCCGGAGCCCGGGGCGCGAGAGAUGGAGGAGGCCCUGGCUGGACAGAACGGUCACUGCAUCUGCGAGGUGUGAAGGCCAUGGUCCCCACCACCGGUGACAUCCAGGGGGCUGUUGGGUCCCUAUGACUCUCCAGGACCCCACACACACAAGAGCCCCCGAGAAGGAAGAGCAAGGACCCAUCCCCUCUGACUCUGCUCAGCCCCCUCCUCUCCCGAAAUCCCUUUAGGUGAAGCCUGGAUCAGCUCCCCCUCAAAGAGAUGCCUCGGAGGUUGCUGGGACUUUCUGAAAAAUGAAUAUUGCAUUUGGGGCCCAUUUGGAUUGUCGGCAGCUCCUUUUUUUCAAUUCUGCUUUUUUGAUAAUGAAAGCAAAAACUUU